AUGCAGGUUUAUUCUGAAGAUCGUUUAGUGCAGCUCAAACCAAAAUUCACAGCCGAAAAGCCUAAGCCUUUUGCUCGUCCUAAACAUAAAAGCAGCGACUGUUCCAGCGAGGAAAACGAUUUUGAAAAUCUCUGCUCCAAGGAGGCCGCAAAGAAAAGUCUUAAAUCUUAUUUACUAAAUACAACCUUGCAUGGGUUAAAAUAUAUUGCCGAGGAUAAACUAACAUUGCCAGAAAGCCCAUCAGUGCAUAAUUUCAGUGGCAGAUAUCCGCCAAACGUAAAACCAGUCGAUUGGAGUAUAGAAACUGGUUAUCAGUCUCCCUUACCAAAGUAUUAUUCACCCGCUAAGGCCGUGGGUGCAGGACAAUCACUCGGUUUGAAUCUUGUUUUAAAUGCAGAGACCGAUGAGUAUUAUUGCUCAUCAGGAAAUAGUAUUGGGUUCAAAAUGAUAAUACAUAAUCCAAAUGAAGAGCCGAGCGUACACGAAACUGGUUUACUCAUUUCGCCAGGUGAUGAGUCUUAUUUGGAAAGUGAUGGCUUUUGGCGCAACAUGCAGGUUUAUUCUGAAGAUCGUUUUGUGCAGCUCAAACCAAAAUUCACAGCCGAAAAGCCUAAGCCUUUUGCUCGUCCUAAACAUAAAAGCAGCGACUGUUCCAGCGAGGAAAACGAUUUUGAAAAUCUCUGCUCCAAGGAGGCCGCAAAGAAAAGUCUUAAAUCUUAUUUACUAAAUACAACCUUGCAUGGGUUAAAAUAUAUUGCCGAGGAUAAACUAACAUUGCCAGAAAGAACAUUUUUCGGCUUAUCGUUUGUUGGAGUACUUAUAUUGUCAGCAUAUUUCAUUUCCAAUAUCUACGUGAAAUGGUCUGAAACGCCGAUAAUAAUUUCGACUAGUGCAAAGCAAACCUUUGUGAGUGAUGUUCCAUUUCCGGCCAUAACAAUUUGCAAUCUUAAUCAGGCAUCGAAGAGUAAAGUUCAAGGCAUACUUGAGAAAAAUCUAAAUUUUUCUUUACUCAUGAGCCUCUGCGGUCAAAAUCAGAUGGGUGAAUUUUAUAAUAUUCGCGGUACCUGGAGAAAUUUCAGAACUAUACUAACUGCGGUUGCUCAACCUUGCGACGAAAUGCUCUUAUACUGCAGCUUCGGCUCUAAGGAAGAAAAUUGCUCGGUGAUAUUCAAUCCUGCAUUAACCGAUGAUGGCUUGUGUUGCACGUUUAACGCUUUGGAUCCAAUGUUUAUGCUGCGUAAUUAUAGUGAUGAAGAUGGCAUCUCGAAUAAAACGGCUAACCAUUUCGUACCCAUGGACUGGACGCCGGAAAGUGGUUACAAUCGUGAUUUGCCCAAAAACUACUAUCCACGUGUACCGGGCGGCACGGGGAGUCGGCUAGGUCUGACUGUCGUUUUGAAUUCCUCCGCCUCAGAAUAUUACUGCACGAAGUCUAAAAGCAUCGGAUUUAAGGUGCUGGUGCAUAAUCCCGCCGAACUACCGAAAGUUACCAACUAUGGUUUCUUAGUCACAGCCGGACGUGAAGCGCGUGUACCCAUCGAACCCAUCUAUGAGAAUGCCGUGCCUUCUAUACGAUCCAUUCAUAAGGAUAGACGUCGAUGUCUCUUUUCCGAUGAAGGUGAUUUAACCUAUUAUCGUACCUAUUCGCGCAGGAAUUGCGAAAUUGAGUGCGAGGCGAAAAUUUUGAUUGACAAAUGUGGUUGCGUACUCUACUAUUUGCCCCGUAUUAAUAACUCGGCACGUAUUUGUGGGCCCAAUGACAAUACUUGCACCAACGAAGUGCAGACAAGAAUCGAAUCGCCAGAUAAGAAGCUGACAUGUUCCAAUUGCUGGCCGGCAUGUUUUGAAUUAAGCUACAAAGCAAUGAUCACUUCGACGACAAUCUCUGCUGGUCAGUUCUUUACUUUUGAUGAAUUACCGCCUAGUCUAUUCAACGAUGCCACCAACUACAGAGAGAUAUCUAUAGUGAAUUUUUACUAUCUAUCGAAUAUACUACGCACCACUACCAAAUCGGAAAUGUUCGGAUUGACUGAGUUUCUUUCCAACACCGGUGGACUGUUAGGUUUAUUCAUGGGCUUCAGCGUUUUCUCAAUUAUUGAAAUUUUUUAUUACGUUACUUUGCGUCCAUAUUGCGCUAAUCGCACCAUGCAACUGUCACGCCGUCGCCGUCAUGGGCGCAUGAAAUGUGAGCGAACAAUUCGGUGCAGAGUGAAGCCAAGGAAAUAUGAUGGCAACUCAAGGUUCUGGUUGAAUGAGUCGCAACAAAAGAAGGUCUUCAAUAAUAAAAAUUAUCGAAAUAAUUUAAACCAUAUCUUAUUGCAUCACAAACAUAACCAGCUUAAUAAUGAUGGCACACAACUGUAUCCCUAUUUGGAUUGA